GAAUGUAAACCCAUAGCUCACAAUCUCACACUCAUCUUUUAACUUUUUUUGGGAUUUGUUUUGAGGAUUCUUUGGAUUUACUCCCUAUUAUUAACUUACGCGUACUCUAAUUACUUAAAUCAUUGGAAUUCUCCAGCUUUCUAUUAAUCAUUUCGGCCCCCUUUUUCUUUUUAAUUGGCAUUGCCUUUUUCUCUCACCAGCUGCUUUUCCUUCUUGUUGGGUUUUGAUGGGGGGUUUACGCUAAAAGGGGGAACCUUUGGGUUUAGUUGAUUAUUGGCACUGAAAGCUUGAAUCUUUGACCUGGAUUCUUGGGUAAUUUCAGUAUCCGUGAUUUCGUGGAGGUUCUGGGAAUGGCUAUGAAUACUGGAGGAAGACUUAUUGCUGGUUCUCACAAUAGGAAUGAGUUUGUGCUCAUCAAUGCCGAUGAAAUCGGUAAAAUAAAAUCAGUGCGGGAAUUAAGUGGCCAAAUAUGCCAGAUUUGCGGGGAUGAGAUAGAGAUCACAGCAGAGGGAGAAGUCUUUGUUGCUUGCAACGAAUGUGCUUUCCCUGUAUGCCGGCCUUGCUACGAGUAUGAGAGAAGAGAGGGAAACCAGGCCUGCCCUCAGUGCAAAACUAGGUACAAGCGUCUCAAAGGUAGUGCUCGGGUUGACGGGGAUGAGGAAGAAGAUGGCAUUGAUGACUUAGAGCAUGAGUUUGACUGUGAUGUUGAAGCUUUGGGCGGUGCUGGGACAGUUCCUUCUUCCCAUUGCCAUGGCGGUCAUGCUAGUUCAUCUGGAAACGAAGCAUCUAGCCCUGGGUUAGAAAUCCCUCUUUUGACCUAUGGUGAAGAGGACGUUGAAAUCUCCUCCAAUCAUAAUGCACUCAUACUACCUUCAUCUGCUAGUGUUGUAAAUGGCGCUUCUCCUUAUGGCGAGCCAUCUGCAUCUGCGCAAUGUAGGCCAAUGGUUCCAGAGAAGGACAUUGCAUUAUAUGGCUAUGGAAGUGUGGCAUGGAAGGACCGCAUGGAGGACUGGAAGAAAAAGCAGGGCGACAAGCUUCAGGUGGUAAAGCAUCAGGGCGGAAGCAUUGAUGGAAAUGAAUUUGACGAUACUGAUUUGCCAAUGAUGGAUGAAGGGAGACAGCCCCUGUCGAGAAAAUUGCCGAUUCCUUCAAGCAAAAUAAGCCCAUACAGGAUUCUAAUUAUUCUCCGCCUCGUCAUUCUUGGCUUGUUUUUCCAUUAUCGGAUUCUUCAUCCAGUUGCAAAUGCGUAUGGUUUGUGGUUGACUUCAGUGAUUUGCGAGAUAUGGUUUGCGGCAUCAUGGAUUCUCGAUCAGUUCCCAAAGUGGUACCCAAUAGUUAGAGAAACAUACCUUGAUCGGCUAUCGCUUAGGUACGAGAGAGAAGGAAGGGCGUCUGAACUGGCGCCUAUUGACGUUUUCGUCAGCACAGUUGAUCCAAUGAAAGAGCCUCCGUUAAUCACUGCAAAUACAGUUUUAUCCAUUCUUGCUGUGGAUUAUCCUGUCGAAAAAGUAUCGUGCUAUGUCUCGGAUGAUGGUGCUGCAAUGCUUACGUUUGAAGCCCUUUCCGAGACAUCUGAAUUUGCUAGGAAAUGGGUUCCCUUCUCCAAAAAGUUUAAUAUCGAACCCCGGGCUCCAGAAUGGUAUUUUUCUCAGAAAAUUGACUAUCUGAAAGACAAAGUUAACCCGGCAUUCGUCCGGGAACGGCGUGCAAUGAAGAGAGAAUAUGAAGAAUUUAAAGUUCGGAUAAAUGGUUUGGUUGCAAUGGCACAAAAAGUUCCCGAGGAAGGCUGGACAAUGCAGGAUGGUACUCCUUGGCCGGGAAACAAUGUCAGAGAUCAUCCCGGUAUGAUCCAGGUUUUCCUUGGUCAAGAUGGCGUUCGAGAUAUUGAAGGAAAUGAGUUGCCUCAGUUGGUUUACGUUUCUCGUGAAAAGAGACCUGGAUUCGAUCAUCACAAAAAAGCGGGAGCGAUGAAUGCGUUGGUGCGGGUUUCGGCCGUUAUCUCGAACGCUCCUUUCCUUCUGAAUGUUGACUGCGACCAUUAUAUCAAUAAUAGCAAAGCGUUGAGAGAGGCCAUGUGUUUUAUGAUGGACCCCACUUCCGGGAAGAAAAUCUGCUACGUGCAGUUUCCGCAAAGGUUUGACGGGAUUGAUCGUCACGAUAGAUACUCGAACCGAAAUGUUGUAUUUUUUGAUAUUAACAUGAAAGGCUUAGACGGUAUACAAGGACCAAUUUACGUUGGAACUGGAUGUGUAUUCAGAAGGCAAGCACUUUAUGGAUAUGAUGCUCCUUCGAAGAAGAAGCGGCCAAGUAAAACUUGCAAUUGUUGGUCGAAAUUGUGUUGCUGUUUUGGGCGUAAAAAGAACGGGAAAGGAAAAACAAAGAGAAAUACGAAGAAGAAAACAAAGCAGAGGGAUACGUCGAAACAAAUACAUGCACUUGAGACGAUUGAAGAAGGAAUUGAAGAAACGAGUGUUGAUCCAUCUCAGGCUUCCCAAACUAAGCUCGAGAAAAAAUUCGGCCAAUCUCCUACUUUUAUAGCCUCGACGCUUUUAGAAAAUGGAGGUGUUCCCAAUGCUGCUAGUGCCACGACACUCCUAAAAGAAGCCAUUCAUGUUAUCAGCUGCGGUUAUGAAGAUAAAUCGGAAUGGGGAAAGGAGGUUGGCUGGAUUUAUGGGUCCGUUACGGAAGAUAUCUUGACGGGAUUCAAGAUGCAUUGCCAUGGUUGGCGGUCUGUGUAUUGCAUGCCUAAACGACCUGCAUUCAAGGGUUCCGCUCCUAUCAAUCUCUCGGACCGUCUCCACCAGGUUCUCAGAUGGGCUCUUGGAUCCGUCGAGAUUUUACUCAGCAAGCAUUGCCCGAUAUGGUAUGGCUAUGGAGGCGGCUUGAAGUUUCUGGAAAGGUUUUCGUACAUAAAUUCUGUUGUAUAUCCUUUGACCUCCAUUCCUUUGAUCGUGUACUGUUCCUUACCGGCCAUCUGCCUCCUCACCGGGAAAUUUAUUGUUCCCGAGAUCAGUAAUUACGCGAGCAUUGUGUUCAUGGCGAUGUUCAUCUCUAUUGCUGCCACGGGUAUCCUUGAGAUGCAAUGGGGUGGCGUUGGAAUAGACGACUGGUGGAGAAACGAGCAGUUCUGGGUAAUUGGCGGUGCUUCCUCGCACCUCUUUGCUCUCUUCCAAGGUUUGCUCAAGGUACUGGCCGGAGUCGACACGAAUUUCACUGUCACGUCGAAAGGAGGCGACGACGGGGAAUUCUCCGAGCUCUAUAUCUUCAAGUGGACAUCGUUGUUAAUACCCCCGAUGACUUUACUCAUAAUAAACAUAAUCGGGGUCGUGGUUGGUGUCUCGGAUGCAAUCAACAACGGGUACGAUUCUUGGGGCCCCUUGUUCGGUAAGCUGUUCUUUGCUUUCUGGGUCAUCGUUCACCUCUACCCGUUCCUGAAAGGUCUGAUGGGAAAGCAAGACCGCACCCCGACCAUAGUCGUGGUGUGGUCGAUCCUCCUGGCUUCGAUAUUGACCCUGCUGUGGGUAAGAGUCAACCCCUUCGUCUCGAGAGACGGGCCCGUAUUAGAAAUCUGCAAUCUGAACUGCGAUGACCGAUAGAAAUCUGCGGGUCUGAAUAGCGUCGACUGAGAGUGAUGCCACGAGCCCUUUAGUCGUCGUCGUUGGACAUGGCUUCUCAGCCAGAAAUAUAUUAUAGUGUGUUCUGAGAUUAUUAUUUGUCACAAGAGAAGAUAGAAGGGAAUAAAGAGUAGGGGGGGUGAUGGAGCUGUGUAGAUAUGAAAUAUCCAUACAGUAUUUGUUUAGCAAUUGUUUCAUUUGUUAAGUUGUAUGUUUAUUGAUUUUUUUUGCAUUUUGGUAUAAUCUCCUCUCCUCUUCAAAGGAGUGUAAAUUUUGUUCCAUUACUGUAAGUGAAGAAGAUUGUGUUCUAUAUUAUUGGAAUCUGGUUCUG